GGAAGUACUAUUAUAUUGUUGCUGAUAAAACGCUAAUAUCCCCCAUCAUCUUUGGGUCCAACCAUGGACACAUUUGUACUACUGAUAAAGCUUCAAAAUGUUUAAAUGGAAGACAUCUCAGAAAUACAGAAUGAGGAGGGAGGGGCUUGGUUUCUCAGCAACAGGCUGGAGGUAAAGUCAACUCCACCGUGACUCAUACCACAGCAGAGUGAGAGGGGAGAUUGAGGACCUGCUGCUGUCCUUCCAAACUGAGACAGCCUACAGAGUCACUGGGUCCUUGUUGUAACAGUAGAGCCCUGAGUGUUCAGCAGGCUCCAGAGAUGGCAUCUUGGCCAACUCUUUAAGAGGUUAACUGUGCUGCUGGAGCAGAAAGUCAACAUCACAGUGGAAGAGUUCCCGAUGAUUUAUGAAAACUUGCUUGGAGAGCGAGGCCAUGUCCUAGAUACCUCCUGUCUACCCUGGAGGCAGCACAGCACAGCUUUAUUUUCACGUGAGCAUCAGCACAUAUCACGCAAGAGAAGUGUGCAAAGUGUCCGAGACCUUGGAGGAGCUCGCUGGCUGACCAGUCGGAAGGUUACCACAUGACUUGAGUAGGACAAUAUGAGUCGAGAGAGGGAAACGUUGUUGGAUGAAAUCGAAUUGAGUUUAUAUACUUUAACUGAGGACAAUUUACGAUACCUGUGUGAACGUAUCGGAAUAGGAGGCAAAGAUGGGUCAGAAGUCAAAGGAAAGACUCAACGCUCAUUGCGUCGUAUAGUAGGGGAGUAUUGUGAAAAUGUAAAUCUAAUGGAAUCAGAUGAGCAGGGAAUGUCUCGGUUACUCCAACUGAAAGAAGACAUCAAAGGAAUACAGGCAGAUGCCAGGGGUGUGCCCACGAGUCCCAGCCAAUCAGCGACAGCAGAGGCGGACACCUCACAAGCAAGCUGCGACGGAGUACCGAAUGAGGAGGCAGGAUCUCGGUUGCCUAAUAACAGGAAGUUGGCGGAUCCAGCUCCAGAGUGGCUCAUUAUACCAGAGCAGAGGGAGUCACUAGAUCCUGAUUGUGACAGUGACACACAGUCUUUGCAGCAGGAGGCAACAGUGCUGCUGGAGGACUGUAGGUUUAUGUUGGGGCGGAGAUUCAACAUGAAAGUGGAAGAACAGGAGGAGAUCAUUUCGGUCUUUGCUAAUGAAGGAGAGGGUCCCGAGUCCUCCGACUCAUCAGUGGAGACAUUAUCUACACCAGGGGAGAAACACCAGGAACUUGACAAAGCAAAGAGAUCUCACCACAGCCCUCAACGUAAGGAGAGAUCCACAAAACGAUCACAGCCUAAACGGCACCUGCACACACACUCUGGAGAGACGUCAUCCCACUGUUCAGAUAGCAAAGAAAGUUUAUCUUCUGUGAGUUCUUACCAAUGCCCUGAAUGUAAGAAGAGAUUCUCUAGUAAUGCAGGUCUUCAAAAACACUUGCGAUUACAUGUUGGAAAGAGGCUUUUCCAGUGCUCACAGUGUGACAAGAGUUUCAUAAAGAGUAAAAAUCUUUAUCAACACCUGCCAGUGCACUCUGGAGAGAAGCCUCACCCCUGCUCUGACUGCGGCCGAACGUUCUCUACAGCACGGUAUUUAACUAAACACAAGCGUAUACAUUCAGGGAUUAAGCCUUUCUGUUGCCCCCAUUGUGACAAGAGAUACACCAGAUCAGAUCAGUUGAAAGUUCAUAUCAUGACGCAUACUGGGGAGCGGCCUUACCAAUGUGGUCAAUGCGAGAAGAGUUUUAAAAUGAAGGCAAAUCUUAAAGAGCACCUGUUAUUACAUGAAGUAAAGAUGUCUCACCGCUGCCCUGACUGUGAUCGAAGGUUCUCCUCUGAGGAAACUUUGAAGGAACACAUGCAGUUACACAAAGGAGAGAAACCUUUCCACUGUCUGCAAUGUGAGAAGAGGUACAGUACUUCAGAUGAGUUGAAAGAACAUAUGAUGUCUCAUACUGAAGAGAAGAUUAACUUCCGACUUGUUUCUGAGAAUAGAUCGCCAUGUUCCAGAAAUGUAGAAGAACAAUGUCAGGAGACGACCCAUACUGUUGACAAACUGGACCUCGGCUCUGACUGCGGAACAGAUUUUGCUCAAAAAGACAAGCUGGCAAAACACCAGCAAACACACACUGGGGAAAGCCCAACACACAUUGCCGAAAAGCCAACACACACUGGGAAAAAGACUCACUACUGCCCUGAAUGUGGGAAAAAAUACCAUAGCACUUCACACUUUAAAGAACACCUGCAUUCACACACUGGUGACCGACCUUACCAGUGUUCUCAGUGUGAAAAGAGUUUCACAAAACAAAUACAUCUUAAGCGCCAUAUGUACUCACACACUGGAGAGAAACUAUACCGCUGUGGAGAUUGCAAUUUAUAUUUCCUUAAUGAAAUCGAAUAUAAGAGACACAAGCACAUCGGAGAGAAGCCUCACCACUGCUCUGUCUGUAGCGUCCGUUUCUCUUUAUUAGAAGAUCUAAAAGCACAUGAAAGGAUUCACACAGGAGAGAAUCCUCACCACUGCUCUGAAUGCGGGCAAAAUUUUGCUACAGCGGGAUGUUUAAAGAAACACAAGCUUUUGCAUUCAGGAGAGAAACCUUUCCACUGCCCACAGUGUGAUAAGAAGUACACCAGAGCGGACCAGUUAAAAGAUCAUAUGAAGAUACAUUCUGAAGAGAAGCCUUACGAAUGCGCUGUUUGUGCCAAAAAAUUCCAUGAUUCUAGGCAAUUAAAAGUUCACCAGAGAGCAGUACAUGUAGCAUCUUCUUAUAUUUGCUCUGACUGUGGAAAGAGCUUUGGUCUACUGGGAAACCUUAAUGCCCACCAGCGAACGCAUACUGGGGAAAGGCCUCACCAGUGCCCCGUCUGCGAAAAGAGGUACACAAAACGAUCACAUCUUAAAGAACACAUGCGUAUACACACUGGUGAGAAACCUUACCAGUGCUCUCAAUGUGAGAAGAGUUUCACAACACAAACAGGUCUUAAUCAUCACCUGUACACACACACUGGAGAGAAGCCCCGCCACCACUGUCCAGACUGUAAUGAAAGUUUUACGUCUUGGAUUCCCUUUAAGAGACAUAAACAACAACAUACUGGAGAGAAGCCUCACCUCUGCUCUAACUGUGGUCUUAGUUUCCUCAUAGAAGAGGACUUAAAAGCACACGAAAGGAUUCACACUGGAGAGAAGCCUCACCACUGCCCUGACUGUGAAAAAAGUUUCUCUUCAGCAGGUAAUUUGAAAAAACACAAGAGGUUACAUACGGGAGAGAAACCUUUCCACUGCGAGCAUUGUGAUGAGAAAUUUACAAGAUCAGAUCGGUUGAAAGUUCAUAUGAUGUCACACACGGGAGAGAAACCUUUCCAGUGUCCCGACUGUGAUAAAAGCUACAAUAAUUCGACCCAAUUGAAAAAUCAUCAGAGAAUAAUACACAGGGGAGAAAAACCGUACCUUUGCUCUGACUGUGGAAAGAGCUUUGGCAAACUAGGUAACCUUACAGAACACCAGCGAACACACACUGGGGAAAAGCCUCAUGUCUGCCCUGUGUGUGGGAAACAGUUUGCCCACGCGAAACACUUAAAGAGACAUCAGCGGGAACAUACGGGAGAAAAACCGUAUCAAUGCCCUGACUGUGAGAAAUGUUUCUCCCGGGUAGAUUAUCUAAAAACACACCAGGUGACACACAGGCCUCCUCACAUGCGCUCUACUGUAGAUAAACCCUAUGGCUGCUCUGACUGUGGGAAGCGUUUCGGGCAGAUCUCUGGCCUUCGAGCACAUCAGAAAAUCCACACUGGAGAAACCCCUUAUGACUGUACUGGGUAUGGAAAGAGUUUUGUAAACCUGUAAAAUCGAAAGAUACACAAUCAAUUGGACACUAGUGAGAAGUCAUACCACUGCUCUGACUGUGGGAUAAACGUUGAUCAGGUGGAAACCUCUUGAGACACCAGGUCACUCCUGAAUUGCCUGAUAUGAAGGCAUUGGCAAGGAGUGGUGAAUGGUAUUUUACAUCGACAUUUGAGUCACUUAGCGGUCGCUCUUAUCCAGAGCGACCUACAGUGCAUCCAUCUUAAGAUGGCUAGGUGAGACAGCCACAUAUCAGUCGUAGUAGAUUAAGUAAAAAAAAUUCUUAAAGUAGCUAUCAGAAAAGUCAGUGCUAGUAAGAAAAGA